AUGACAGUGUACUGGAAAAAGGUCAAAGGUCAUUCCCAAACCUCCAGUCCUGACAAAGACGGUAAUGAUGAAGCCGACCGCCUAGCCAAGCUAGGUGUGGAACAGGGCAUGGCCUUGGAGUUCCGAGACGAGUGGCUUCCUCUCAUACUGCGUUCCUGCCGCCGGGUCCGCGCGCUGUGCGCAGUGACGACACUGAACCUGAAACCACACUUGAAGACAGCCGAUGAGCGUGAGGAGGAAGAACAAAGAUUGAAGUUCCCAUCUGGCUUGGAUGAGCUGAGGGAACUAGCCAAUCUGCUGAAGUUCUAUAAGACAGAACACACUAGUUAUGUGUUCAUACUCUACUGCAGUGCCUACCUCUACAAGCAGUCCUUUGCCAUCCCAGGCUCAUCCUUUUUGAACAUGCUGGCGGGGGCGUUGUUUGGGCCAUGGCAUGGACUCCUCAUUGCCUGCACUUUGACCACAGUGGGCUCCACCAGUUGCUACCUGCUGUCUUGCACAUUUGGCAAAUGCCACAUCGUCAGGCUCUUCCCUGAGAAAGUGGCCAUGCUGCAGAGAAAGGUGGAACAGAGCAGGAGUAGUUUGUUCUUCUUUUUGCUUUUUCUGCGGUUCUUUCCCAUGACACCUAACUGGUUCUUGAAUGUCACCUCCCCAAUGCUUAACAUCCCCAUCCCCUUAUUCUUCUUCUCCGUUCUCAUCGGUCUAAUCCCUUACAAUUUUAUCUGUGUCCGGACGGGAGCCAUCUUGUCUGAGAUUCAAUCUUUGGAUGACAUCUUUUCGUGGGGUACUUUGCUGCAGCUUCUGCUAAUCGCAUGUGUCACUCUAAUCCCUGGCACUCUAAUCCGCCGCCAUAGUCAGUCUCACCUCAAACUUGAUGGCCUGGAAUCCAAUAGACACCAAAUGGUCCUAAAUGAUCGCAAGACCAGAUGAUCUAAAGACAGACAGAAUAGGACUGCAUCCUAUUGAUAUGGGACUGAUCAUAGGUCUGGAGUCUUGUCUGGAGGAUUUGGUAGUAAUGAAGGGGCGUGUGGAGACUGGAAUUGAAAAAUGGUCCAUAUUUGGUCGGGAUCUAAUCUGCUGGAAGAAAUGUUCUUAAUCUUAAAUAUUGAGGGACAAAAUUAGCUGCCAGAUGUCUAAUGAAGAUAAAGUGCCAAAUAGACUAUUAAUGUCUUAAAAAGAUUACACACUCGGAUUACUGACUACUACAUGUACACCACCAGACAAUGCAUAAAUUUGUAGGAAUCAAGAAUUGGAUAGCUUUGUUUUGAACAGCUUUAAGUUCUUAUAGAUGCAAAGAUAUUUUGGGGAUAUUAAAGAAAUUAAAGUGUUUAAUUAUGUUGCCAAAUAUGUUUGUGGCUUUAUCUAUUUGUUUGGUCUGUAAAUACCUUUGCCAGGCUGCUAG